GGAGAAAAACUUCGGUGAAGCAGAGGUUGCAAGAUUUUGCUAGAGUUAUCGUUCUUUGAAAUAUCGCUAAUGCGAGAAUUGAACACAAUUUUCUAUAUUUACAACCACAAUUUGGCAUUUUCUUAUCAAAUUUGAACAUAUUUAAACUAAAUAUGCUCUAAUUUAUGCGUUGGAAGGGGCAUUUCGGUAGUUUUAUGGGGCAUUUCGGUAAUUUCUGGGGGCAUUUCAGUAAUUAGAGGUACCGGAGCUCUACAGAUUAUAAUUUCUGUGGAAACGAGGGGGUUAUUUAUAUUCGGUAUUUCCUAUCCCCCCUCGUUUCCACAAAAAUUAUACAGAUUACAGAGAAAUAGUCACCUCGACUAAUCGACACGGCAAAAACUAUUUACUUCAAAAGUAUGAUUGAACAAAGUGCUAAUCCAAAAGAAAUGUGGCAAUGUUUGAAUAAUUCCAUUCUUAAACCUAAUCAGGUUGGGAACAUUUACCUACAGCGAGAUAUUCUCGCAAAAACGCGAUUAUCCCUCUCUAGUGAGAGUAAAUAUAAUUAUAAAUCCCAUACAACCGAUGAAAAACACCUCUUCCUGUUUCACGUGAAAAGAAGAAAAUGUGCUAAAAUGUCAGAUUCUUCUGCAAAAUUGAAACAAAAACACUCACGAUGUGCAUUGGAUUUCAGCCUCCUUCCCUCUUACGCUGCAACAUUUAUAUGAAAUUUCUUGACUGUGUUGUCAAUUUUAUAGAGACAAUUUGCAUCAUGUUUAGUAUGUAUCACACUUUUUCAGCACUGCACAGAAUUUGCCAUUAUUUUCAAUCAAAAUAUCUGUUAAUGUUUAUUUUCUUGCUAAAGAGGGAUUAUAAAUCACAUAUUAGCAAGAAGAUCUCACUGUAAGGGAAGUGUUCCCAACUUGCUAUUAAAUAUGUCUUAUGACGUGACCAUGUUUGAGGGCAAAGCAAGAAGUAUUGGCAUUAGUAUAGAUUCAUAACAAUACAAAAAAUAUCCCGAAGUUAGCACCUAACGUGUUAGGACAGAUCUCUAUGAAAGCAUCCAACUUUGGACACUUGAUCCACCUAUUCAUAGAACACGGGAAAUAUAAUGCAAUUGAUGUAAACAGUGUAUUGUGAUGUCAUAUUCAGAGUCUGUGUUUAGCAAAUUUACAACAUAGGAGACAUGGUACAAUAGUGUUAAUUGAGAUUAAGAAAUCUGGUUUACAUGCUUUUUGCAAAUUUUAUGUAAAAUCUCGGAUCGAUGUGAACUUGGAUACAAAAGAUUCAAAAUGAAGAAAUACAUACAUGUCCUCGUGCUUAUAUUGAAUCUACACCACUUUGACCAAAUUUUUUAAAAGUUUGGAACCUGGAUGGGGGUUGAUUGGGAUGAAGCUGACCGGGGGAAACAUAAUGGAAGUCACAAUGGACAUAAAUAUUUUAAUACAAGGUACUCAACAUCAGGAUCAUUUGUGAGAGGGAAGAAGUUGGAUCUCGGCAUAAAUUGUUUUGAUGCUAUUGUGGAUCGUUAUGGUAAAUUGGAAGACCCUAAUGCAGGGGUCAUAACAGAGGAGCUCUUUGUUAUGGGGAAUAAUAAGAAGAAAACAGUCGUAGAAAUGGUGGGAGCUAAGUCCGUCAAUGAAAGACAGAGCAAACUGGAUGCUCUGCAAGAAGCAGUUCUGAGAGGAAGUUUGGUGUAUGGUGCAGGUGAUAGCUCAGAAAAACUGAGAAAAUGUACACCCAAUAUACAGGAGCUGGACCUCUCUCUUAAUCUAAUACCAACAUGGCAAAUAUUGGCAGAUAUCUGUAAAUGUUUACCAAACCUCACAGAUUUAAAUGCAAGUGAUAAUCAAUUAGAAAUGCCCAAAGAUGUGCUAGUAUGCAGCGAUGGUUUCCAAAAAGUGAAAGGUUUAAAACUAAACAGAGUCCACUACAACUGGCAACAGGUGUUGGAGUGCAGCAGAAUGUUCCCGUGCCUGGAGCAGCUUCACAUUUGUUUUAAUGAUUUAUCAUCAGUACACUCCCCCGGCAGUCACUUGAAGUAUCUGCGACUUCUGAAUCUAGCUUCAAACAGUUUACAGUCCUGGGAAGAAAUUCUACAAUUAGAUGCUUGUCCCAGAUUGGAGAGCCUUAUUCUCAAUGAUAAUCAAAUUGAGUGCAUCAGUUUCCCUGACACGGACAUGGGAAGUAAAACAAAGAUUUUUCCAAACCUGAAAUGCAUCUACAUCAACAGAAAUAAGAUUUCACAGUGGAGCUGUAUAAAUGAAUUGAACAAGUUGCAGAGUUUUGAGGAUUUACAAAUAAACGGUAACCCAAUCCAAGACACUGCCUCUCCAGAGACGGUCCGACAACUCAUCAUUGCCAAAGUGGCCAACUUAAAGAAAUGUCAGAGGACAGAGGUAACUAAUGAAGAACGAAAGGGAGCAGAAAUAGACUACUUAAAGAGGUUUGGACCAGACUGGCUGAAAUCAGGCGGACACCAAGACCCUGCUCAGAAUAAACCCCAGGAAGAGUUCAUCCUACAGCAUCCAAGAUUUCAAGAUUUUGUCAAAGUGUACGGAGCACCAGAAAGUUCUGAAAUGAGCCAGAAACCACAGAAAUUGAAGGACAGUUUAAUAGAAAUCACAAUUAUGAAUCCAGAUGACCCCAACAUCAAAACUCUAAAGAAGAAAUUGCCAGCUACAAUGACAGCACAAAAACUUAAGGCUUUGAUACAAAGGUUGUACAAAGUGGACUCUGAAAUAAAGCUUUCCUAUGUCAGCAAGAAGAUGGAGAGUUGUGAGAUAGAUUUUGACAAUGACCUUCGACCCCUGAACUACUUUUCCAUUGAGGCCGGUGACACUGUGUAUGCCCGCUGGUCAUGACAAAUCCAUCAUUAGGAAUUCAUUGAGCUUAACUAAAACAUGCAUUGAGCAUCCACACGCUUUUUCUGUGAUACUUUAUUAAAUAUAGAUGUACUGCUUAUGAAAUAAAACAAGAAUUCAUAAAUGCAAAA